AUGACGUGUCCAAAUAAUUUACACUUAUUUGCUAUCCACGUUAAAAAUACUUGGGGAAAACGCUGUGACAUUUUGUUAUUUAUGAGCUCUAAGCAGGAUAAGGAUUUUCCAGCGAUAGGUCUUGAUACACAAGAGGGGCGUAAUCAUUUGACUGGUAAAGCCAUGCAAGCAUGGCGGUAUGUGUAUGAACAUUACAGAGAUAAAGCUGACUGGUUCCUUAAGGCAGAUGAUGACACUUACGUCAUUGUAGAAAAUCUGCAAUAUGUAUUGAAGGAUUAUAAUACAAGUGAACCUAUUUUCUUUGGACAAAGCUUUGUUAAACCUGAUAUUAAACAACCUUUCAACUCAGGAGGACCGGGCUAUGUUUUGAGUAAAGAGGCAUUAAUGAGACUCGGAACAAGAGGAAACAGUAGUGAAGCAUGCAAGCAAGAUGGCCACUCUGAAGAUGUUAACGUUUCUAAAUGCUUACUUAAAUUCGGAGUCAAAAUUGGAAAUACAUUAGAUAAGCAACUUCGGACGAGGUUUCAUCAUUUGCCUAUAGACAAUUACCUAUUUGGGGCAUACCCUACGUGGUAUUAUACAUACAACACAAGGACGCCUAGCAAGGUAACUCAUAUAUAUUGGUAA